AUGGAGAGAUAUCAGAGGCAUCUUAGUGACACUGAAGUAUGUCAGGUGUGUAAAGGUGGAGUUGAAUCCAUUCUUCAUGUGCUUCGGGACUGCCCGGCUAUAGCUGACUUGUGGAGUUGUAUUGUACCAAUAAGGAAGCGGAGAGAGUUCUUUAGCACCUCGCUGUUGCCGUGGCUGUAUGACAAUCUAGGAAACGAUGUGGAUAUGGGAGGAUAUGGUUGGUCGACAGUGUUUGCGAUGGCUGCCUGGUGGGCCUGGAAGUGGAGGUGCUAG